CGAACGCGUAACUAGGUGCAUCAUGAAUAAUACGCGCAGCUCGCGAACAGGUACACGCUGGUACGAUUCUGCGUUCGUGGAAGCGUGAGGGUGUAGAGAAACGUAUACACCGAUGUAUCGCGUAUAUACGCGUAUAUUCGCGUACAUAUAAAUAUAAUCGAACGCACCCAGAUAUCUAUUUAUAAGUUUAAACACAGGGCGAGAAGAAGGAGUGGUGGAAAUCCGUAGCGGUGGUAGCGAUGCUCGUUCGCUGGUAGAUACGUGUGCGUGUCAAACGGCUGCUGGUAGUGGUGUUCUCCGCUAGUGAUGCCACGGUGAUGCUGCUACUCGUGUGCUGAUGAUCCUAGCGAUCCUAGUGGUAGCGACAGUGUACCAGGCAACGUAAUACGGAAGAGGUGGAAACCGAUUUAAAAGCCCGCUUUUCGUUUUCCCGCUUCGGUGCAAACAACUAUUACGACCGACUGUACCGACCAGGAGACCAAAACGGCGGCUGGCUUCCGAUUGGAUGGAAGGUUAGCGCGCGUAUUAAGCGGCAUUUUCGUCGUGGUCGGUCCUUUGUCGCGUAGCGCGAACAGAAGCGAAUAAAGCUUCCGAAGCAGAAGACGAGGAAGAAGAAGAAGUCGUCGAGGAAGGAGGACAAGAGCGCAGAGUAUAGGAAGCGAAGAGAGUGGAAGAAUUUGAGUGGAAGAAGUCGACUGGCGUUGAGGGAUCGUGGUUGCCGCGAGUGCGUCAACGCGGAUAUGACGAGCGGAUACGCCCGGCUCACGUGAUACGCGACACAAUCGCUUCACCGAUAUUUCCUCUAUUUCAAAAAAUGUGGUCACGGAGGGAGGUUCGAAAGAGCUCAGUGCCGUAGCAUGCCGGCGAGCUGCAGCGGGUGGUGGGGCGUCUCUGAGAGAGCGCGUCGAUCGGCGUCGUCAGGCGUCUACUUGGGCGUCUGCGUGGUCAGGCAGGGGCCGGAGAAGCGUGCAUACGCGAGUAUAACAGGAAGAGGAGGCGGAGGAGGAGGAGGAGGAGGAGGAGGCGGAAGAGGCGGCGGAAGAGGAGGCGGAGGAAGCAAGAGGAAGCGAAGGAGAAGGAUCAGAAGAAGAAGAAGAAGAGAAAGCACGGCGGUGAUCGAGGCGAGGAGGAGGGACCGAUGAGCGCGGGGGGGGAUGGGGGCUCGGGGUUGGGCCCCCCUGAGCUGCCGGGGGCCCAGCCGACUGCCGCGACCCCCCCCAUCCUCGGGCAGCACCGGAACUCCCAAACUGCCCAGGACGGACAGCCAGCUACCGCGCAGUCUCAAACGGGCCAGACACACGGGACCAGCACCGGUGCCGCCAAAUCUGCCACCAAAAGGCCGGCUCGAAGGGGUGGCAAAGCGGUACCCGACAGACCACUCAGGGCUCUCUUUUGUUUACCCCUGAAAAAUCCCGUGCGCAAAAUGUGCAUCGACGUUAUCGAAUGGAAACCUUUCGAGUGGCUUAUUCUCAUGACGAUUUUCGCGAAUUGCAUCGCCCUGGCAGUCUACACACCGUACCCAUUUGGCGAUUCUAAUUUGACCAACCAGUAUUUGGAAAAAAUAGAGUAUAUAUUUCUUGUGAUUUUUACGCUCGAGUGCGUCAUGAAGAUCAUCGCUUACGGCUUCGUGGCUCAUCCCGGCGCUUAUCUUCGAAACGGCUGGAACAUAUUAGACUUCUCGAUAGUAGUGAUAGGAAUGGUGAGCACGGUAUUGUCGAUACUUAUGAAAGAAGGCUUCGAUGUGAAAGCGUUGAGGGCUUUUCGGGUGCUACGACCUCUCAGGCUGGUUUCCGGUGUACCAAGUCUGCAAGUAGUCCUAAACUCUAUUUUGAGAGCGAUGAUACCCCUUCUCCAUAUCGCUCUGCUGGUUCUAUUCGUCAUCAUUAUUUACGCUAUCAUCGGCCUCGAGCUGUUCUCCGGCAAAAUGCACAAAACCUGCAGGCACAAUGUCACCGACGCGAUCAUGGACAACCCAAUUCCGUGUGGGUCCGGCGGUUUCCAGUGCGAUAACGUGGGACCCGAGUACUACUGUAGCAGGCGAUUCUGGGAAGGUCCAAAUUGGGGUAUUACGAAUUUCGACAACUUCGGCUUGGCCAUGUUGACGGUCUUCCAAUGCGUUACGCUCGAGGGCUGGACCGACGUGCUCUACAACAUCGAAGACGCGAUGGGAAGCUCGUGGCAAUGGAUCUAUUUCAUCUCCAUGGUCAUUCUGGGAGCUUUCUUCGUGAUGAAUCUAAUUCUCGGUGUACUGUCCGGCGAAUUCUCCAAGGAGAGAGAGAAAGCAAAAGCGAGAGGCGACUUCCACAAACUCAGAGAGAAGCAGCAGAUCGAGGACGACCUGAGGGGCUAUUUGGACUGGAUCACCCAGGCCGAGGAUAUCGAACCGGAAACCGACGAGCCGAAGAUGCAGGAUGGCAAAACGAAACAACAGAACGAGAUGGAAAGCACGGAUCAGUUAGAGGGCGACGAGGAAGGGGUUCAACAAGAAUCGUUGUGGAGAAGGAAAAAGCUGGAUUUCGACAGAGUAAACAGAAGAAUGAGGAGGGCGUGCAGAAAAGCAGUCAAGUCGCAGGUUUUCUACUGGUUGAUCAUAGUAUUGGUUUUCCUGAAUACCGGCGUUCUGGCCACCGAACACUACAAUCAACCUCAUUGGUUGGAUGACUUUCAAGAGAUCACAAACAUGUUUUUCAUCGCGUUGUUUUCCAUGGAGAUGAUGCUGAAGAUGUAUAGCUUAGGAUUUCAAGGUUACUUCGUCUCGCUCUUCAAUCGGUUCGAUUGUUUCGUCGUGAUCGGCUCCAUCACCGAGAUGAUCCUCACGAAUACUCACGUGAUGCCACCGCUCGGCGUUUCCGUUCUCCGUUGCGUCCGGUUGCUCAGGGUAUUUAAAGUGACAAAAUAUUGGAGGUCGUUGUCGAAUUUGGUGGCUUCCCUUUUAAACUCCAUACAAUCGAUCGCGUCUUUGUUGCUUCUGCUCUUCCUUUUUAUCGUGAUCUUCGCCCUGCUGGGCAUGCAGGUGUUUGGUGGAAAAUUCAAUUUUAGCGAUUUACAGAACAAGCCCCGUCACAAUUUCGACAGCUUUUGGCAAAGUUUGUUAACCGUGUUUCAGAUAUUAACCGGCGAAGAUUGGAACGCCGUUAUGUACGAUGGAAUUAGAGCCUAUGGCGGUGUUUCAAGCUUUGGCAUGCUCGCCUGUUUCUAUUUCAUCAUUCUCUUUAUAUGCGGUAACUAUAUCCUACUGAACGUCUUCUUGGCCAUCGCUGUCGACAACCUUGCGGAUGCCGAAUCGUUAACUGCCAUCGAGAAAGAAGCCGAGGAAGGGGGGGAGAAGAAUAAACAGCACAGUGCCUCGGCGAGUAGAGACGAAGUGAGCGGGGAACAAGGUGACGACGGUGGCGAAGGAACCGGUGCAGAGGACGAAGGCGGUGGAACCGACCUCGAGCACGAUCCUAACGAAAGGAUGGAGGAUUACGAGGCAGCCGUGGACACGGAAACGUCGGAGAAAAGCGACGAUACGAACAAUCACGCCAAGGUGCGAUUGAACAUAGAAUCCGACGAGGAAGUGGAGGAAGAGGAGGAAGUCGAACACAACGAGAUGCACGAUGACGGCGCGGAUCACGAGGUAUCGGCUAGACCGCGAAGAAUGUCCGAAUUCAACAUGGCUACGAAGACAGAACCGAUUCCAGCCGGUUCGUCUUUCUUCCUCUUCUCGCAAACGAACAGAUUUCGAGUGUUUUGCCACUGGCUGUCUAACCAUAGUUACUUCAGCAACAUGAUCCUCGUAUGUAUCAUGAUAUCUUCGGCCAUGUUAGCGGCCGAAGAUCCUUUACGCGCGUCCUCUUAUAGAAAUCAGAUUUUACUGAAUUUUGACUAUUUUUUCACCACGGUAUUUACGAUCGAGAUCUGUUUAAAGAUGAUCUCGUUCGGUUUUAUUAUACACGACGGUGCAUUCUGCCGGUCGGCGUUCAAUUUGCUCGACCUUUUGGUCGUGUGCUCUUCUCUCAUCUCUAUGUCUUUCAGUUCUGGCGCGUUUUCAGUGGUGAAAGUGCUGCGUGUAUUACGCGUGUUGAGACCUCUACGCGCCAUCAAUCGUGCAAAGGGAUUAAAGCACGUAGUACAGUGCGUCAUCGUAGCGGUAAAGACUAUCGGAAACAUAGUCCUCGUCACCAGCCUCCUGCAGUUCGUGUUCGCCGUCAUUGGCGUACAACUGUUCAAGUACGUAGUGAAGUGUGUGAUUGUCGCCAUUAAAACGAUCGGCAACAUUAUGUUGGUCACCUAUCUCCUACAGUUCAUGUUCGCUGUUAUCGGGGUACAGCUGUUUAAGGGCAAAUUUUUCUAUUGUUCCGAUGCAUCGAAAAUGACGAAGGACGAAUGCCAGGGUACGUACCUGGAAUACGACAACGGCGAUAUCAAUAAGCCGGUGAUGAAGGAGAGAAGUUGGGUUCAGCAACGUUUCCAUUUCGACGACGUUGCCAAAGCGAUGCUUACGCUUUUCACCGUGUCCACGUUCGAAGGCUGGCCGUCAUUACUAGACGUGUCGAUCGACUCUAACAAGGAGGAUCAUGGACCAAUUCAUAAUUUUCGGCCGAUAGUGGCCGCGUACUACAUCAUUUACAUCAUUAUCAUAGCAUUCUUCAUGGUGAACAUCUUCGUUGGUUUCGUUAUUGUCACUUUCCAGAACGAGGGUGAGCAAGAGUACAAAAACUGCGAGCUCGAUAAGAAUCAGCGGAAUUGCAUCGAGUUCGCGUUAAAGGCGAAACCAGUGCGACGAUACAUACCGAAGCAUCGAAUACAGUACAAAGUGUGGUGGUUCGUCACAUCUCAGCCGUUCGAGUACACCAUUUUCACUCUGAUCAUGAUUAACACGGUGACCUUAGCGAUGAAGUUUUAUCGACAACCGGAAAUCUACACGGAAGCGUUAGACGUUCUUAACAUGAUCUUCACCGCGGUCUUUGCCCUGGAGUUUAUCUUUAAGUUGGCGGCCUUUCGAUUUAAGAACUACUUUGGCGACGCUUGGAACGUUUUCGACUUCAUAAUCGUUCUUGGAAGUUUCAUCGACAUCGUUUACUCCGAGGUCAAUCCUGGCUCCACUAUCAUUUCCAUCAACUUCUUCCGGCUGUUUCGAGUGAUGCGGCUAGUGAAAUUGCUGAGCAGAGGCGAAGGCAUCAGAACGCUUCUCUGGACGUUCAUCAAAUCUUUCCAAGCUCUGCCAUACGUAGCUCUGCUAAUUAUAAUGUUAUUUUUCAUUUACGCCGUGAUAGGUAUGCAGGUAUUUGGAAAAAUCGCGAUCGACGACGAUACGUCGAUAGACCGGAACAACAAUUUCCAGUCGUUCCCACAAGCGGUGCUGGUCCUGUUUCGAUCGGCUACGGGCGAAGCUUGGCAAGACAUCAUGUUGGACUGUUCGGCGCAGCCCGGUAAAGUGAAAUGCGACCCAAACAGCGACGAAGUGAAUAAUCACAAUGGUUGUGGAUCCGACAUUGCAUUUCCCUACUUUAUAUCUUUCUACGUUUUAUGCUCGUUCCUCAUCAUCAAUCUAUUCGUCGCCGUAAUUAUGGACAAUUUCGAUUACCUGACGAGGGAUUGGUCGAUCCUGGGUCCUCACCAUUUGGACGAGUUUAUUCGUUUGUGGUCCGAGUACGAUCCCGACGCGAAAGGUCGUAUCAAGCACCUGGACGUGGUCACUCUCCUCAGAAAGAUAUCUCCGCCCUUGGGUUUCGGUAAACUCUGCCCUCAUCGCGUCGCGUGUAAAAGGCUGGUUUCGAUGAAUAUGCCGUUGAACAGCGACGGUACGGUGCUGUUUAACGCGACUCUGUUCGCCGUGGUGAGGACGUCGUUGCGAAUUAAAACCGAGGGAAACAUCGACGACGCUAACGCCGAAUUGAGAGCUGUGAUCAAGAAAAUUUGGAAGAGGACCAGCCCGAAGCUUCUGGAUCAGGUGGUGCCGCCACCCGGAGGCGACGACGAAGUGACCGUGGGCAAAUUCUACGCCACCUUCCUGAUCCAGGAUUACUUCAGAAGAUUCAAGAAGCGCAAGGAGCAAGAAUUGAAGGACGGUAAUAAGGAGAGUCACAACACCGUCACGCUUCAGGCUGGUCUGAGAACGUUGCACGAAGCCGGGCCCGAACUGAAGAGAGCCAUUUCCGGAAAUUUGGAAGAACUGCUGGACGACAAUCCGGAACCUAUGCACAGGAGGAACCACUCGUUGUUCGGCAGCGUUUGGUCGAGUAUGAGGAAGGGACAUCAUAAUUUUAACCGAGCCAGGUCGCUCAAAGUGAACUCCACGACUAAGGCUUCCCCGACAAACUCCAUAGACUUCCUGCCGUACUCGUCGCUUCAGAGAGGAAGCGGACACGACCCGCCGAAUCAGAUUACCGCGAGAUCUCACCAAGUUGUGCCAAACGUAGCAGGCGGUUUGAGCGACAGUGCGAUGAACCAAAUGGGAAUGGAUCCUAAGCUCACGGGUAUCGAGGAGAACAUACCACUGAGACCAUUGGCCGUGUUCGGAAAUCCCGUCCAGCAGCAAUCCUAUCAUCACACACCUUACAAAGUAUUCGAGUGUUGCCCGUGUCGCGCGGUGCGUCCAACGCGCGUCGACCUCGUCGCGGCUGCUCGAAGCAGUCUUCAGGACGGAAUCGAGCGGCAGCUGACGCCACCGACGCCACCACCCCGAAGGAACCCACCCCCGUCCAUUGAUCCGAGCACCGGCACCCUGCACUCCGUGCAAAUCUCAUCCGGCAAGUCCGCCAGUGCAACGACGUCGAUCGCCACGUACACGAACACGUCCACCGCUACGACCAGCCCGAGCCUCGGUUCAUCCUCCAACGGGACACGGUCUUACGCGACUAGAGGCUGCUGCGUCGAUUGUGCCGUCUGGAGUAAUCACGCCAUAGAUCGCGAGGACGGAGAUUCGUCGGCGACGAGCGAGUAUAGCGAGUCCGGCGGGUCAGGAGGUUCAGAAGGUUCGGGAGAUUCAGGAGGUUCAGGAGGUUCAGGAGGUUCGGGAGGUUCGGGAGAUUCAGGAGGAUCCGGUGGUUCCGGAGGGUCUAGUUGGAGCAACUCGGAGAAGGUCGGAGAACUUCGCGGAGGGUCGCUGAGGCAGGAGUUGACGGUAGCGUCUCGGUGCCGUGUUCGGGGUCGACGCGAUCCGCCGGUCGCUAAAUCGGCGCCGUCCAGUUUCCGGAAACGCGAGACCAGCGGCGGCGGUGGUGGUGGACAGUCGAGCAGCUCGACAACGUCCGCGAGUACCGGAUUCGCGCGUAGCGUCGCCAACGGCCUCAAGCUCGCCCAGACCCAGGCGAUCGCUGUCGCCGGCUUCCUCGCCGACGUCGACUCGCGACACGACCGCGUCUGCGUCUCCUGUCUAUCGCAUCGGGCCUCUUACCACGGCAGAGUUUCCUGGGCCGGUGAGAGUAACGGAAGCAUCGGCGCAGAGCGCCUGUCCCACAGCUUACCCGGCAGUCCUGCCGAUCGGAAGCCGAACUUCGAGGUCAUCGGAAGCGCGGAAAGCUUGGUUGGCCGGGUUCUCGUGGAGCAAGGGCUAGGCAAGUACUGCGACCCGGACUUUGUCAGAUACACGUCGCGAGAGAUGCAGGAAGCGCUGGACAUGACGCGCGAGGAGAUGGACCGGGCGGCGCAUCAGCUUCUUCUGCAAGAGCGUCGUGGACAACCGCUGUCGUAUCAGCUGCAACAGGGCGCAGAUCAGCAAUGGACGCCGGCCUAUCAGCCGAUCCAGCAGAGCCAACAGGCGACAGGCAUCGGAUACCAGCCGCUGCAGGAGCAACAACCGUCCGGCCCACGACAGUAUCGAUCGUACUAUCAAGGCAGAGGGCCAACGGGCGCCACUUCCGACCAGUCGACGCAACAGCAACAACCGCCGCCGUCUUAGCGACGCGACGACCAUCCCGUAGAUCGUGUUCCCAACUCGUUCAUCUAGUCGAACGAGAACCACUCUCGUCCUAGGUAUCGUCUAUCGUUUCGCCGAAAAUACGAGGCAGUUCGAAGCCUCUGUAGGUGGUGGAAUUGGAAGUGGAACGAGAAGCGGAACGAGGAGCGAAACGAAACGGUGAACCACCUUUCGUCGAUCGAUACGUUCGUCGCAGAGACGACGAAUCUCCUCGAUUCGUUUGGCAGCUUUUGCCGCGGAAACGAGGGUUCCACGUUUCUGCCGUUGUAGGAUUUGCGGCGUGAAGCGGGUCAAGAGACGUAGCGGGUGACUGUGGUAAAAAAGUGUGGCAAGAAGGCUUCCGACGCGGUCGAAAGAGGAUCGGCCGACGCAAGCAAUAAAGCAACGAGAGCAACGACCGAUCGCGCGUCGAUAGGAAAAGCAUGGGGGCUGGAACGCUGACUGCGAAAAGCGGCGAGAACGCUCGAAGGAUGGAGGCAACGAACGCUUCCAUCGAGAUAGCCAGGCUUCCGACACGAUCGCGAAUCGAACAAUUGGGAACGUUAGCGAAGACGAUGUUGGCGAUGAAUAGCGCGCGAUCCUCUCGAUUCGAGCGAGCGUGUCGCGUUUCGAGCUUCGUUGGUAAAACGAGACGGCGCGGAAACAGAUGAGAAAAGAACUGGCGCGAAGCGAGACGCGAACGAUUAAAAUCCUUAUUGCUCUCGUUCUUAUCGUAAAACACUUAUUCCUUCGAUUACCGUUGUUUAGGAUAUAAUUGAACUCAUUAUUGCUCUUCGUACGAUGGAUUACUAGAUGAGAUAACAAGUGCCUAAGUAUCUGUAACUUCUUUCGGACCAGAGAAGACUUUUAUCAACUUAGACAAAGUACUAUUACCGCGAAUUACGAAAACAUGUUGCGAGUGUGUAUGCUACGGUAUUGUAACGAUAUAUGUAUAUACGCAUACAUAUAUAUCGUUAUAUAUAUUUUACACACGCACACACACAUUCACGCACACGCCACAUCACACGCAUACACACGCACACGCAUACACGUUAAAACAUUAAACACGUACAUACACAUAAAGUCAUUGUUAUUAUUAUUGCUAUUAUUAUUAUUACUAUUAUUAUUAUUAUUAUUAUUAUUAUUAUUAUUAUUAUUAUUACUAUUAUUAUUAUUACUAUUAUUACUACCAUUAUUAUUCGUACGUACUUGUACAUAUACGUUGCGGGUAUAAUAAUUGAUGCGCGAGGAUGAAUGGCCGAUAAACGCGACUGCCGCGAUAUUCGUUUGUACGUCGGAGGGUGAACCGGUGUACGCGCACGAUCCGUAAAGAACAACUUUAAAUUGCUUUAAAUACGGCGCGAUCCCCAGGCAACAGCCGAACGAUCGCCGGACGAUCGAACGAUGCUUCUAUUUACACUUACGCACCGAUGCCGAUAUUUCUACUUACGGUAGCACGCGACUCGAACGCAGCAGCUAGACUCGAGUUUCGUUUUCGCAGCUCGCUGUCACGUCUCGCGUCCGCGUAAUCUUCUCAUCCCCCUGCCCCCGAUCGUUCAGAUCUCCAAAUGUCCAUAACUCACGCGUAUCGUCUACUAUUCUUGCGUACAAUUCCAGCCUGUGCUCCUCUCCUCUAAAAUUUCCAAUUUUUACGAAUUACGUCCCAACGAAAUUUCCAGCUGCGCGCGUAUAUCAUCGUAAACGCACGCGCGUAUCUACACACUGACGCGUGUGCGCGUGCUAGGGAGGGCCUGCCCGAACGGACAAACCGAAGCGCGUGUAAUCGAAUCGCCAAGUUACGAGCCUCGUGGCAAAACUUUCUUCCACAGAACCGGUUCAUUUUCAUUCGGCGAUAAAUCAACACGCGAGUCGUUUUUUUUUUUUACGAUACCAAUCCCAUCCAUUAGGAGCAACGCGUGCGACCAUUGGAACGCGUUAUUAUUUAAAAAAUUUUAAUUAUUAAUAAGGAUCGUUUCUAUCGCACGAGCCUCUCGAUUAUUUAACGUUUUUUGUUUCCACUAAUUAUACAGCUGCCUCUGCAGAUCUAUCGGAGUAUGCAUAGUUGGCUAUAGUUUACGUAUUAAUUAGGUAUAUGAUAUGGUCGAGUAACGAAUCGGUGAAGAGUGGCAGUCGUUCCCUUACACGCACGAAGUCGUGUAAUGACGUGUCGCGUGAUCGUCGAUCUUUCGUCCGAUAGUUGGCCAAGCGAUUAUCGGCAAAUUUCGUGUGCUCGCGUUCCUCGCGAAAACGCGACAUUCGAAGCCAGGGGCAGGCGCUUGGACGACGAGCGUGGAGAGUAUCGGAUUCGAUCGGAGGAAAGAUUGGGUACCGAGUAAAGAGAUUGGGUCUGCAUCCCACGUGUAAUUAUUAUAUCCGUGUUUUGAUCCGAGUAACUCUCGACGUACAGUCGUAUUUUAUUUCAUUCGAGCAUCGAUGCGUAUGAUAAUACGUUUGAUUACAUUUGCGCGAUUAAUUCGCGAAACGAGCAUACGGUUUUCUAGGUUACUGGUUACAAUAACGAGCAUUUUCGGUUCGCAAAGUAUAAUCGAGUAAUCGUAUUUUGAUAUAAGAAACUCUAAACAGCUGACAUCGAUGUAUUUGAAUAUGUGCUUCGUUAAUAAUCGCGCGAAAUAAGAUAUUUCGAUACGUGUGCGGCCAUGUAUUAAAAGCUACACGGAUUAAAGCACGUGUAUUUAGUUACACGUUGAAAACCGCGACCUCUAGAACCGAGUAAACGAAACAAAAAAGGAAAGGAAAGAAAGUGGAAGACAUCCAAUAGACACGUGGUUCUGCGGAUAUUCCACCGACUAAUUACGCCAUUUUGCGCAUCGAAAAUCCUAUACGCGCCGAGCAAUUUCCGAUCAAUAUUUCGGAUCGACUGUGCGUGUAACUUGUUUAUGAAAACGCCAUAACGUAGCAAAAGUGUUCACCGACGCGUGACCGUCGCCCGGGUACGUCCGAUCCGGGAGUCGACGCGAGAACUUGAUUCGAAAACGAUCGUGAUACAACUUGGAAUACUUCAUCGUGAACGCUUGGUACGUAGAUCGUGCGAAGCGAUGUCACGGAUUUUUAAUCGAAGACAAAAGUACGAUCAGAAUCCACCGUUUUUCGUUUGAACGCAUCCUCGAGAAGGUUAAAAUAGAAAGCGUGGCGGAUGUGGUUGUCGAGAACGUAUCGGAAUCAUCGAGGAAGCCCGAAACGAUCAACGUUGUUCAAUCUCUCGUGUACCUUGAAAUGACUUCGACAAUAAUCUUCAUCGAUGAUAUUUCUCAGAACCACGUUCUCUGGAACUCCUCUCGACACCAUUUCGAUUCUAAGCGUUCUACCUUUGACUCGUCGCAAACGCGUUACCCACUUUAUCGCGCUUUACAUUUCUCCGUGUUGCGUUUCUUUUCCGCUCGUCCGAUUCGAAAAACGGAGACCAUCUCGUUUCUUCUUAUAUUUUUCGUUCGUUUACGUUCGUUUAUUAGAUGUCGAUAUUUACGGCCGAUCUUUUUACGUAUAUGUAUAGUAAAUGGUAUUGUAUAUUCAUGUACGCAUUCGAGUAAGACAUAAGAAUACCUUCGAAGAGCCGCGGCUGACGCGAGCCCUUCGUCGACAAGGGAACCAAAGAAAACUAAAACGAUAUUUAAAAUGAAACAAGCAAACAAACAAACAAACCGAAGGACACGUCUUUGGACAUUUUCUUAGGAGUACGAUAAUAUAGGUACGUGGUGUGUGUGAGGAGCCGAGACAAGUCGGUGUAAUAACGCGCGCGGCUUAGUCGAAUCGGUAAUUUCGAGCGAGGGAAUAAAAGAGAGCAAUUUCCGUGUGUAUCCGAUCGAGAAAAAUCGAACAGACGGUAAAAACGGAUAUCGAAGAUCUCGAAUAUUCGUACAAAGCGACAUCUACCACGAUGAGUCGCGCACGAUAUUACUAAUCGUCCUAAGGAUGCUACUCGCGUUAUAUAUAGUCGACCUUUCGUAUUCGUUUUUUCCAGCGUCUUUUUAACAAUUAUGUAUUUGUCUAUAGCGAUCUUUUUAUACUGUUGUAAAGUGGCGUUUACACCGAUCCGUAGAAUAUAUGCGUAGAAGAAAAAAAAUUCUUACCUUUAAAUCGUAAUGUCGGAUUAAUAGCGGCGCGCGAUAACCCGUUGUCGCUUAAGUGUUUGAUAGACGCGUUUAGGAAGACCAACGUUUUCUAUGUUACGAGACUGACGAUCAUUGAAGCGUAUGACGUAUGUAUAUACUAUACACUAUAUACUGAACGAGAGGCAAGCGACGCGAAACUCGCGGGAAACCAGUCCUUUUAAUGCCUUCCUCUUCGGUCUCGCUAGCCUUUGCGGCCCAGUGAACCCAACUUACUCGUUCAUCGUGCCACUACUAAACACUUUACAUGCACCAUACACAACCGGUAUUGACCAUCUUUUAUGAUCGAAACGGUCAGCGAUCGGAUAAAACGAUCGACGCGCAAGAUUCGCGUUUCUAACGACGCAAAUACGAUCACUCGUCAUCCAACACCUAAGUAAAUACUUACUUACGAUCGUUUCGUUGUUGAAAAAUCCAAUCUGUGUAACGAACCGUGUAUCGAACGGUUGUAAUUAGAAUCGUAUUUUACUGUCCUAGCUCGUUAGUAUAAACCGAAAAAUCGAAUAACAAAUUCAGAAAAAACCCAAGAUAAAAUAAACAAUCGAUCGAGCUUUCCAAAAAAUUGAAUCUUGCACUUCGACGCGUUCUUACCCGUGCUACCGAUCUCGUGGCACAGCUUUGGCACUCACACACGCUACUUGCACCGUUUAUUUUUACUAAACGUUCUUAUAUCGGCACGGUAACGAACGAUGCUCGCGUAAACUUAUCAUCAGUUUUUAGGAAACACACUCGACGCACGUUGACAAAGACGCUUCGAUCAUCGAUGUUCAAUAACGAAGGAUGACGUGAUUUCUCCCUCGUUUUGUUUGUCUACAUUCGUUAUGUAACAACAUUCUUUAAAUGUCAACUUGCAAAGUUCUCUGUUUUAAUUUUCAAAAUUUAACGCUUCAAAACUCAGAUUUAUAAAUUUUAUUCAAAUUUAUAUCGGUUAAGUGGAAUCUUUCAAUGCUAGUUAUAUCGAAAACGUGUCUAGAUGUUUCGAUUGCGCCAAACGUCAUUCGAUUCUCAGAUCGAUUCCCUAUUACUACUUAAUUUCACUUGCUUUUCUUAUUUAACGAUUAUUAUUAUUAGAAAUAACGAUCUUGAGAAGCAAACAUUCGGAAUUCUGUAAAUCAGGUGACGAUCUACGAACUAUCAGUAACCGGUUAUACGAAUAAUACAGUUACAUUGCGAUACACUAAUAAUAUGUACAAUACGAUUAAUUGUGGUUUAACGACUAAUGCGAUGAUAGAGUUCACAGUACCAAAAAUAAGGUAAAAUUUAAUGAAAUACAUCAUGUAAAUUUAUGUGACUACUUCUAUCUAGCUAAAUUUAACCAUCUUCGAUUCGAUCAUUUCUCUUUGUUGCUUAGUUCAUAAGUAUAUCUUCUGUAACGGUAUUAUUUGUAUGUGCCGAUGGCAGAACCGAUAGGAUCGUAACUUUUACAUUUUCCGAAGCUCUAUUCGCAAACGUUCAAGUCGAGGAAACAUGCUCCUAUGCCAGAUCUGGCAACCUAUGUAUCUCGUUGAAAAAAGAAAAAAAGAAACGGGUAGGAACUAAUACUUGCGCAUUUGUGACUCUCGUUAGUCCAGUAGGAAUUUUACAGAGUUAAGACCCAAGAACCUUAAGAUGCACAACCAACAGACACGCACACGAUAAUACUGCCGUUUUUUUUCCCAUUUUGGCUCCUCUUCCGCUUCCUACUCGUGUCAAGAAACGUUCCUCUUUUACACCUAUUUCCGUAAACAGUCCUCGAUGAUUUGUAGCGCACGAUGAACAAAGACAUCGUUAAAAAAAAAAAAAAUGAUUUUCCAUUUCACUGUCGGAACAAAACCAUACAAAUUACAAGCAAAGGCGGAGCAUAGUUUUGAAACACA